AUGAGCGUUUUGGACCCAGCUUUUUUCGUUAAUCACCAGUUUGCUGGCAAAAUACUGAUGGUGUGUAUUUCUCCACUUUUCCCUUUCAUCAUCGUCAGCAACGCACUGUUGAUUCUGAUAGUUUACAGGAAUCACAGCCUCCAUACACCAACGAAUGUCAUCGUUGCGAGUCUUGCCUUUUCAAAUCUCGUAGAUGUCGUUGUUGGACUUCCGCUUUAUACGUACGGAGUUGUAUUCAAGAUAAAAGAAGCGUGCACAGCUGAUGGAGAUACUUUGUAUUAUUUAGCCCUGCAAAUAACUGCAGGUGUUUCAUUUUUGCACAUCGUAGCGUUGACUGCUGAUCGAUACAUAGCUGUUACAAAACCGUUACGCUAUGUUCAGAUAGUGACGCUAAGACGCAUAGCAAUCGCAUUGGGAUGUUUCUGGAUUCUCAGUACGUUGCUUAACAGCGUACGAUAUGUUGAAUUAUUCAAAGAUCUUCAAACAAACACGACGAUCCCGGAUCACAAUACAACAAUAUGCGGAAUGCCCUAUUCUGGAUCAACGACUUUAACCUUCGGAUGGAUAGUUUUAUGCGUAAUCGUGGUCUUAAUUGUCGUGCUACCUGUUACCAAUAUUUUAAUUCUUCGAAUCGCGAUGAAGCAAGCGAGAAAAAUUGCGAUUCAGAGAGAGGUGAUAGGUGUCCAGCAAGAACAACCUCCUCGUCAAUAUGACCGGUUGAAAGCACUUAAAACGAUUUUACUUGUCGCGUCACUCUUCAUCAUCUUCUCGUUUCCCUUUUCUGUGUAUCUCGUUUUGCGGCUUACAACGUACGUGUCACCUCUAACAUUUACGGUGUAUACUCAUUGCUUUCUUGUUUGGCAUACGAUCGGUUUGAUUGUUCAUCCCUUAUUGUAUGGUUUCAGGGAUCGGGCUUUUCGAAAAGGCUUUCAAAAUAUCCUGCGUCAAUGUGCGGCAACGCAGUAA